CGCCGUCAGUGCACCUUGACCGGCUCCUCCUCCUCCUCCUGCUGCUGCCUACCUGCGUCUUUACGUGACGUCGAUUGAACGCGCAACUUUUGGACAACUUUUAUUCUUCAAAAAGAAGCAGCAGGCGAGCGGCAUUCAGCGAGCGACGAGGGCUGCUCCCCUUUCGCCCGCCACUUCCCACUCACUCAGUCCGGCUCAGCACGCCCCAAACACCGCGCGUUCCUCACCAUGGCUGCCACGGACGUGGACGUGUUUUCGAAUGAAGAGAAGCGCAGCCUCAAUCUGGGUGGCCAUGUUGGAUUUGACAGCCUCCCCGACCAACUGGUCAGCAAAUCGGUCACACAGGGUUUUUGCUUCAACAUUCUCUGCGUAGGUGAGACGGGCAUUGGCAAGUCAACGCUAAUGAACACGCUCUUCAACACCAUGUUUGAGAACGAGGAGGCCAGCCACUACCAGAACGGCGUCUACUUGCGCCCGCGGACGUACGACUUGCAGGAGAGCAACGUCCACCUCAAACUCACCAUCGUGGACACAGUUGGCUUCGGGGACCAGAUCAACAAAGAUGAUAGUUACAAGCCCAUCGUGGACUACAUCGACACUCAGUUCGAAAACUACCUGCAGGAAGAGCUGAAGAUUAAGCGCUCGCUCUUCAACUAUCACGACACUAGGAUCCACAUCUGCCUGUACUUCAUUGCCCCGACAGGACACUCGCUCAAGUCCUUGGACCUGGUGACUAUGAAGAAACUAGACAGCAAGGUCAGUAUCAUUCCCAUCAUCGCCAAAGCUGAUACAAUCUCAAAGAGCGAACUCCACAAGUUCAAAAUCAAGAUAAUGAGCGAGCUUGUGAGCAACGGCGUCCAAAUCUAUCAGUUCCCGACAGAUGACGAAGCCGUCAGCGAGAUCAACUCCUCCAUGAACGCUCAUCUGCCCUUUGCCGUGGUCGGGAGUGUGGAAGAAGUUAAAGUAGGGAACAAAACGGUGAGGGCCAGGCAGUACCCCUGGGGUGUCGUGCAAGUGGAGAACGAAAGCCACUGCGACUUUGUCAAGCUGCGGGAGAUGCUGAUUCGAGUCAAUAUGGAGGAUCUGAGGGAGCAGACGCAUGCCCGCCACUACGAGCUGUACCGACGCUGCAAACUGGAGGAGAUGGGCUUCAAAGACACCGACCCGGACAGCCAGCCCUUCAGUCUUCAGGAGACUUAUGAAGCCAAGAGGAAAGAGUUCUUGGGAGACUUGCAACGAAAAGAGGAAGAAAUGCGACAAAUGUUUGUCAACAAAGUCAAGGAGACGGAAGCAGAGCUGAAAGAGAAGGAGAGAGAGCUGCACGACAAGUUUGAGCAGCUGAAGCGCAUGCACCAGGAGGAGAAGAGAAAAGUGGAGGAGAAGCGGCGGGACCUGGAGGAGGAGAUGAACGCCUUCAACAGGAAGAAGGUGGCCGCCGAGACGCUUUCCCUCUCCCAGCCACUCAAGAAAGACAAGGACAAGAAAAACAGGUCCGUAAAGACGGAGAACCAAUCGGGUGUGAGCGCCUCCAGCUCCAAGGUGAUGAUGGCCAAGGCCAACGUGGAACCUUUGAACUGCCAAAGCUGGUGGCAGGCCAUACAGUGCUGCACUUGCUUGGUCCACAGCGCCACCUGGAAGCCCGGAGGCCUCUUCUGACGGCUCAGGGAUGGAAUGAGGUGAGGGUGGCCGUAGACCAGCAGGGCGUGGAACUGCGACGAGAGAUGAAGCAAAGCCAAACGUUAAGCGCAUGAUGUCAUUGUUGUCUCUUUGUUAUCUUCCUGGACCUCUACCGAACAUAAUCUGUGUUGUUAGGCCGGGUGAUGAAUCAUCACCACGUCACACCGUCAAUCUCAUUCACUCACUCGUUUGUAUCGUAUCGUAGGUGCAAGUGCUUUUCUGUGCUCUGACCAGCCUGAUUCAGGUCUAGAGGGUAACAAAAAAAAAAAAAGAAAAAAAAAAGGCAUUCUGGACAUCUGCUUGGUCCAAGGAUGGAAAAGGUGAACACAAUCUCUUUAGGAGCUGCUUCAUAAUAAGCCAUGUUCACGUUGUGCUCUUAAGUGGAAAUUUGUGGACUAUUUAAAUGGGGUUUUGAUUAGAAAAUCUUUAUUCUUUUGGUUGUAUUUUGCCUUCUCAAAAUGCCCCAGAGGUACGUAGAAGCACCUCAUCAUUACCAUGGUGAUGUCUGUAACAAAUUAUCCAUAUGACUGAAGAAAUCUAGGAAAAGAUUUUGUUCAGCCUCAGUGGAGAGUAUUUAUUUAAAGAUACUUAGUGGAACAGUAUAUAUAAAAAAAUG